GGUAAUCCGGCGGAGUUCGGGAAUUUGCUGUGCUGUGAUUCGUCGUUGGGAACCGAGCCAAAGCAGACGAAAUCAUCUGCUUUCGUCAACCAGUCAAUCCUCUACAUCGAUAUGGCGUUCGUAAACAGUAAAGUUUUCCAAUGCAGUAAGCGAUUGUAUUCGUCAACUGCAAAUCUAAACGAUGUAGUCAUUCUUGGUGCAGCACGAACUCCUAUGGGCGGCUUCAGAGGUGGUCUGAAAAGCAUAACAGCCCCACGAUUAGGUGCAAUUGCCAUUCAAGCUGCUGUCGAAAGAGCUGGUAUUGCUAAAGAAGAAAUCCAAGAGGUUUACAUGGGAAAUGUGUGCCAAGCCGGUGAAGGCCAAGCUCCUUCCAGACAAGCAACUCUGUUUGCUGGAUUAUCGAAAACAACACCAACAACUACAAUCAAUAAAGUAUGUGCUUCAGGUAUGAAGGCUAUCAUGUUUGCUGCACAAAACCUUCAAACUGGACAACAAAGUGUAAUGGUGGCUGGUGGAAUGGAAUCUCUCUCCAAUGUACCUUUCUUUCUCCCAAGAGGUGAAACACCUUAUGGAGGAAUCAAACUCAUAGAUGGAGUCUCUUUUGAUGGGCUGACAGAUGUCUACAACAAAAUCCACAUGGGCAAUUGCGCAGAAAAUACUGCCCAGAAGAUGUCUGUUACUCGUCAAGAUCAGGAUGCCUACGCUCUGCGUAGCUACCGCCUCAGCGCCGAGGCAUACAAAAACAACAUAAUGCAAAAGGAAAUAGUUGAAGUGCGUAUUCCUCAAAAGAAAGGUAAACCAGAUUUGGUCAUAUCUGAGGAUGAAGAAUACAAACGUGUUGAUGUGGAGAGAUUCUCGAAGCUGCCGACCGCGUUCCUUAAGGAAAACGGUACUCUUACUGCCGGCAAUUCUUCAGUUCUGAGUGACGGAGCAGCUGCUUGCGUUCUCGCCACGGCACAAGCGGCAGAACGUUUGGGAUCAAAGCCCCUUGCUAGAAUCGUCAGUUUUUCUGAUGCUGCAACUGACCCUAUUGAUUUCCCUAUUGCCCCCGGAUUUGCGAUACCAAUUGCUCUGAAACGUGCUGGGAUUCGAAAAGAAGAUGUUGCGUUGUGGGAAAUCAACGAAGCUUUUAGCGUGGUUGUGUUGGCCAAUAUGAAAAUGCUGGAUAUUGAUCCGGAACGAGUGAAUAUCCACGGUGGAGCCGUGAGUUUGGGUCAUCCUAUUGGUAUGUCGGGAUGUCGUAUUGUAAAUCAUUUGGUAUACGCGUUGAAGGCAGGAGAGUAUGGUGUAGCAAGCAUAUGCAAUGGUGGUGGAGGUGCAUCAACAAUAGUGAUCCAAAAAUUGGCGACAAAUGCGCCUCAAAAGUUACCUGUUCUUACUUUAUUCACGAAAUAUCCAUGCCCACUCUGCGACGAGGCGAAAAUUAUUCUAAUGAAAUCAAGUCUAUGGAAUCGGUUUAUUUGGCAAGAGGUGGACAUCCGUCUUCCGGAAAAUACUAAAUGGUUUGGACGAUAUCGCUACGAAAUACCUGUAUUUCAUUUAAACGGAAAAUUUUUGAUGAAACAUCGCGUAGAUUUAAAACUCUUGGAAGAAAAACUUGAUGCUGUGGAAGUAGAACUGUAAAUUGCAAUCUCUAAUGUUAUCUUCGUUUCUUGAAUA